CGGGGUCUCCGCGUUCGAUUUGGGAAGGUUGGUUUAGCUGCUCGCUGCAAGGCUGUGGCCGAGGAUUGGCUGUUGAGGGGCUCAGCGCACUUUCUCCGGAGAACUGUGGCUGCGAUCCAGGUGGCCCGGCCAGGCUCCGGGCUGCGUUCUGCCCGCUUCGGGCAGCCAAGGCAACCAGAGCACCCGAGAUGGGGACCCCGGCCUCUGUGGUGAGUGAGCCACCCCUGUGGCAGGUUUCAACUGAGGCCCGGGGCCGCAAGCAGGCCUCUGCCAACAUCUUCCAGGACGCCGAGCUGGUACAGAUCCAGGGCCUGUUCCAGCACAGUGGGGACCAGCUGGCUGAAGAGCGGGCCCAGAUCAUUUGGGAAUGUGCAGGGGAUCACCGUGUGGCUGAGGCCCUGAGGAGGCUGCGCAGGAAAAGGCCCCCGAGGCAGAACCACUGCAGCCGGCUGAGAGCACCAGAGUCUGGAUCUACAGCGGCCGACUCACAGGACGGCACCACUGAUGAGGCCUCUGGCGAGCAGAUUGGGAACUCCCGGAGGACAAGUGCCAGAGUCCACCGAAACUGGAAUAAGCCGGGUCCCACAGGUUACCUCCACCAGAUCAGACACUGACCCAGUGAAGGGGUGGGGAGGUCCUCCCCAGAUACUGCAGGGACUUUUGCUAAAAGGCUUAUGGAGCUGCAAGGAGGAGGCCUGAGCAGGGCCCUGUCUGGGCGAUGAAAGCAGUAGUAAGAAGGUUGUCCUCAGUUCAGAUGGGAACCAGCAUUCACUGGACUCUGCCCUGUGUGGAACCUGUUCUUACCAAGCACGGUGACGCCUCAGAUCUCACAGCAGAACUGGGCUGCAGGGCGUUCCCCUGGGGUAAAAGUAAUGUGCCUCAGACGCAGCAUCUCACCGUUCCUGCCACCAACUGCCAGUGGCUGUCACCGUGCAGCAGCCAGCUGCCCACACCCUUGUGCCACAGGCCAGUGCAAAGAGAAAAUAAAACCAUUUACAUCAACA